AUGUCGUCGUCGUCAUCCUCUGAAAUUCUCACCCACAAACCAACCACCAACAUCUCCAUCACCACCAAUCCCCAACAUGACCUGCACAUCAACACCUCCCACGAGAUUCCCACCCCGGGUCCAAAAGAAUGUUUGGUCCAUGUCCGAGCCACGGGGAUUUGUGGUUCGGACAUACAUUUCUGGAAAGAAGGGAGAAUCGGGUCGAGUGUGAUCACGGAAGAGUGUGGGUUGGGACAUGAAAGUUCGGGAGAAAUCAUAAAAAUGGGGCGGGAAGUGGAAGGGUUUCGAGUUGGAGAUCGCGUCGCCCUUGAAUGUGGAAUUCCGUGCUCAAAACCUUCUUGCUUCGCGUGUCGAACAGGCCAGUAUCACGGAUGUCCAGACAUCACCUUCUUCUCCUCACCUCCAGUGCACGGAACACUUCGAAGAUAUCACGUCCAUCCCGCAGCAUGGUUGCAUAGACUUCCUAAUUCGAUCUCGUUUGAAGAAGGAGCGCUUUUGGAACCUUUGUCCGUGGCGUUGGCUGGGAUCGAUCGAUCUGGAUUGAGGAUGGGAGAUCCGCUUGUGAUUUGUGGUGCGGGACCGAUUGGGAUGGUAUCUUUACUUUCUGCGCACGCGGCGGGUGCUGCGCCGAUUGUUAUAACGGAUUUGGACGAGAGUCGAUUGAAGAUGGCGAAGGCACUUGUUCCGAGGGUGAGGACUGUGCUUGUGAAGAGGGAGGAGAGUCCAGAGGAGAUUGCUGGUGGUGUGAAAGCUGCGUUGGGCCAGGAGGCGAAGCUGGUGAUUGAGUGUACGGGUGUCCAAUCCAGUAUUUGGUCAGGCAUAUACGCCACAAGAUUCGGAGGCACAGUCUUCAUCAUCGGCGUCGGCAAAGACAAACAAGAGAUCCCAUUCAUGUACGCCUCAUUCCGAGAGAUCGACAUCAGAUUUCAAUUCCGUUAUCGCGAGACGUACCCCAAAGCGAUCAUGCUUGUCUCAGAAGGCCUGAUCAAUCUCAAGCCGCUGGUCACCCACCGCUAUACUUUGGAGCAAGCACAGGAGGCUUUCACAACGGCUUCAACUCCUUCGGCGAGUGCAGUGAAAGUGCAGCUUCUUGAUUGAGUGACUGCAAAGACUUUGUCCAUGAGAUGAGGUGUGGGGCGCGCAAUUCGCAUACGACCUUCGUGAUCAGCCAUAGAGAGUCAUUCCUCAUCCCCGUCGUCGUUCACCAGGUCCGAGAUCCUGAUUUUGCUUCUUACUCCUGGCAUUUCGUGGGGUGCCCAGCGUUCUAUUGCACCGACACUCUCCUUGAGCGUGAAGUUUGGAUUGGUUUCGUCGUCUUCCAGCAUGCGUGGUGUACCGCUUCCUACAGCCAUGAUUCUAUCGGACCAUCUCAUGAGUCGCUUGACCAGAUGUGGAAAUUCCAAUGCUUUCAUGCCGCCUCGCAUCUCUAUCAUUCGCUUCUGUGCGGGUCUAUGCACGUGACUCGAGGCAUAUUUGUCGCCGUACAUGUGCUCGUGAAGAGCAAUUCGUCCGACUG